CAAAUAAUCGGUCAGCUCUAACGCUGUCAUUCAAAUCGUUGUGAAUCUGUUAAGUACUCUUAACUGGAAAAUGGAUCCACCCUCCGUUCCGGCCCGAGUUGUUAAGGUUUUGGGCCGUAUUGGCGCACGUGGCCUUUUAACAGAGGUUCGUGUAGAGCUUUUAAAAUUUCCACGCAUGCAAAUGUUACGUGCUGUCAAAGGUCCGGUACGUUUGGGUGACAUUAUCAGAAUUACCGAAGUAGUCGAAGAUGCCUGGCGUCCAUAGUAAUUAUUUCAUUUAAAAAGUUGAACAUUAUUUUGGCAAACAGAUUAAAACGUGCAGCAAAUUAA